UCUGGCAACUCUGCCAACAACAAUGUUUGCGUUUAUUUUUCGCUUAAAUUCGUUUGAAAAUCCGUAAGAACGAAUUAAGUGCAGGGAAGCUGCUUAAUUAAAAGAAUAUAGUGCAGAUGAGAAAGUGAAAAACAACAUAGUUCCCCCAGCGAAAGCGUUAAAUGUUACAGAAAAUCGGAUAUCCGAAAAGUGAAUCAGAAUUUUUCCUUGGCACACAUACAGCCGCACGCCCAGCAAACACACACCUGCACGUACGGAACCAGUUGUGUUGUUGUAAAUAAGUGCAAGUGAAGAAGAAGCAGAGGCUGCGAUCGGAAAAUUAAGCAAAAAGCGAGAAAAGCGGGGAAAACGUGGAAAAGUGGAAAGGUGGAGUGCAGUUAACACGCUUCGCUGACUGCGCGACAGCAGAACGCCAGUCAAGCGCCAAAAACCAUUAGCGUAGAACACCAUUUUCAGCUGGAGCGGCACAAGAAAGCAAUUUUCUGGUAGCAGAAACACCAAGAAACGGAAAUAAUUGGUCGAUUUUUAGAAAGACAAGACAAUUAGCCGGAAUGGAGCUGAAAGUUUGGGUCGAGGGCAUUCAGCGGAUUGUUUGUGGAGUUACAGUAAACACUACAUGUCAGGAUGUGGUGUUCGCUUUGGCCCAUGCCACUGGAAAAGUGGGAAGAUUUACCUUAAUUGAAAGGUGGCGCAACAAUGAACGUCAUUUGGCCCCCAAUGAGAAUCCCAUGAAAUUACUGCUUAAGUGGGGCGAGUAUGCAAAUGAUGUGCAGUUUAUAUUACAACGAUCCGAGAACAAAACGCAGCAGCAGCAACAACAGCAGCAGCAGAACAACAAUAAUAACAACAACACUAAUUAUGCUGCGAUGACAACGAAAAAGCCGCUGGGCCCAAACAAUAAUAAUAAUAAGCCAGCGCCCACUUUGCAAAAGCAAAAGUCGAACGUCGAACUCGGCUACCGCACAAAGGAAUUGAAAAAGAGCUUUGGGGCGUAUGAUGCCAAGCAGUUUGACAACAUCGGAAUAGUCAAGGGGAUCCCGCAGCAGUCACAGCCACCGACUUCAGGAGCUGGGGUUAGCCCACCAGUUGUUCAACAGGAGCAGAUGCCACCGCAGGAUAACAACAAUGUGGCGCUGGUGCCGAAGCAUGAGAAAUCGCUGUCGAAUCCCCUUGACAUGACCAGCACGAGCAGCAACCCACCUGCAGCUGCAAACAACUACAACGACUUCUACAAUAACAAUAGCAGCAGUAAUCAGCAUAUCUACAGCCAGCUGAGCAAAUCCAGCAAUGAACUCCGUCGCUCCAGCCCCAACGAGAAUUACUACAACAACAAUAACAAUAGUGUUAAUAACAAUAAUAACUCACCGGAGCUGUACAAGCAGACACCGACGAUUUCCGCAAAUGGAGCCCUAGUCCCACCGCCGUAUCGUGAUCCGCCGCCACCGAGGAACAGUCCCAUGUGCCAGGGCCAGCGUUUGGCCAGUAGCAAUGCGGACACCAUGUCCAAUGCCUCCUCCUCGACUAAUCCGUUCCUCAGCGACUACGACCAGCACAGCAACCACAACAAUAAUAGCCAGGCCAUGGAGGAGGGCGAGACCAUGUUCCAGGCCACGCAAUACACCGAUUUGCUGCAGCUCAUUAAGUUUCAGCGGGAGAAAAUCACGGCGCAGCAAAUGGAAUUGCAAAAGUUUGAUACGGAAAUCGUGUUUUUGGAGAGCAAAGAACGCGAUCACGCACAUGAACUGGAAGCCAUCUCGCGGGAAAUCUCCAAAGCGGAUCAAAUCUUUCGGCAAGGCAGUGAACAACUGCAAACUUUGCAAUAUGUGGAGGAGGAAAACGAACUGGUCAAACAGCAGGAGAAGACUCUGAAGUCGGAGAUUGCUCUACUCCGCUCAAAGUUGGCCAAUUGCGAGACAGAGUUGCUGCAGUGCAAGAACAAGAUGCGUCUGCUGAUGGAUGAUAUCGAGCUGGAGCAGCAACAGCAGCAGCAGACCAACAGGCAAACUGUGGAGCGUGACUUCUUGAUGGAAAUGGAACGGAUACAGAGCGAAAUUGACCAGGCUCUGCACAAUACCGACUCAUCGAACAAGACGGCGGACAGUUUGAAGAAGGAGCUGCUGAUGAUCGAGCACGCUAUUGCCGACAAGAAGCGUCAGGUGGAGCAGCUGGUCAACGAGAUGAAGGAGGUGAACUUGCAGAGCCUAACUGUUACCACCACGGAGGAGAUCAAGCAUCUGCUGGAGGGACCCAACAAGCAGGGCAGCAGUCGUCGAAUCAUCGGUUCGCCCAGGCAACUGGAAACGGCUGUUCCCACCAGUAAAAAUCCUCACGGCGUCUGGGUUUAAGUCACAAACAUUCUCUGGGCAGCGGAACUAUUUUUCUAAACGUAAUCCUUCUUCAACAAUGAACCUUUUCGGGAACAAAAUUUAUGAACAUAUCUUGAAUGCAUGAAAGAUUUGAUGCUAAGCAAAUUCCAUACGAAUAUCACAAAUUUACACAAUAUUCUAUAUUUAAUGAAUGACGUGCAUUAGUAUUGUUUUAAUAUGUUUACAUUCCAACCACACUAUGGAUCUCUAAACGAAAUGUUACAAAUUUCUUAACACAACCCACAUUUAUAUCCAGAAUUUGCACUUAACUUUGUAUUUUAAUAUAGUUAAAGAGUCGAUUUCCACCUAUCCCUAAUCGUAACCGUUAGGAAGAAGCACUUGCGAUUCGAUAAAGUAUAUAUUUCUUGAUAAGGAUCGACUAAAGCA